AUGGCCGGCAUUGUCUGUUCUUACCCGCCCCAAGCUCGAACAGUGCGGCGGCCAAAGAAGGCACAAGGACGCUCCAGCUCCACACCAGACGCCGUGCUGCUCGAGCGAAUCGAAAAAUUGGAAGGGCUGCUGAAAGAGCGGUCCAUCCUGGGUGAAAACGAGCCUGCUGAUAUAGUGGCGGAUGAAUCCAGUGGAGAACGGGACGAAAGAGUAACACAGGUUACGGAUCGGUCUCCUCACGACACCGUAACUCGACGAUCCUCAAAUCUUCAGACGCCUGGAGAUCGAGCUGCUCCUGGAAUGUAUCAAUACCUAGCUGCCAGCCCAGUAAAUGCCACUGAGCUUUCAUGGAAGCCAUCUGGUUACUCGCCGCCGCCCGAGACCCAGCGAGACGGACCCGCUCAUCUUGCUGACGGUGAUGAGUACUGGAAGCGGAUUGAGGAAGAGUGUGCCAGUGAGGUUUUUCUCAAGACACCCUCAAGCAGCAAAUCAGAUUCCAACGUCGGCUCCUCUGGCCCCCAAAAACCCCCCUUUCAGCGUGCACGUACUGGAAUCGCCUUUCCUUUCCAGGGGUCCGACGGCGACGUGCGACUUCCUUUGCUUUCAAUUCGACGGCGGCAAGUCUGCUGGAGGAGAUAUCUAACAAACGUCGACCCGAUCCUUAAAAUUCUGCACAAGUCCACAACACAGGAACUCAUCCUGCGCCGAGAUGAAAACACGCUCGAUGCUCCGUCUCGCGCUCUGGUCCAGGCGAUCUGUCUUCUGGCAGUGACCUCCAUGUCUGAUGCCGACGUAGCGGCAAACUUCGAGAGCGACAAGGAGUCGGUGGCACAGCACUGCACCACCCUCACCGAGCACGCGUUGGUGUCCGCCAAGUUUCUCGAAGCACGAGACUUGAGCACGAUACAAGCACUUCUACUGUUUCUCUACUACCUCAGAUGCGUUCACAGCCCUCAACUCAACGCGAUGUGUGGUAUGGCGGUCUUUUUAGCUGUUCGCGCUGGUCUCAAUCGCGACGGUGCUUCUUCGGACCUGUCCUGCUUAGAGGUAGAGCUCCGCCGGCGCACAUGGUGGCAACUAGUCAACCUCGUCGACCAUCCGGACGACUUCGGCCUCGACUACUUCCCUUUCAGCCUAGGGGCGGAUACGCGACUGCCUCUCAAUGUGAACGACGAUGAAUUGGAGUCCCAGGCCGUCAGCCCGGGCGAGGACCGUACUGGGUUCACGGAGUCAAGCUUCUGCCUCAUGCAGUAUGAAGUGACACGCACGUUCCACCAGAUCAAGAUGGACCGCGUCCGAGAACCUCUUGGCCGCAAAUUUAGGGUAGAAGAUGCCGACCAACAUCUGCAGUCCUCUCGGGAGUUGAUGCGGAACAAGUAUCUGCAGGGUAAUGGGGGUAUGGAUGCUUCAGUCGCCGAGUACGCGGCGGAUGUGAUUGCAAUGAUACUCGCCAAACGACGUGUACUAAUGUACAUUUUUCCGGACCGCAACCGUCAAGGCGACCUUUUGCCUCCUGGUGCCCAGGACCAUCUGUUCUUACUUGCCAUACAUGUAUUGGAGCUCUCUCGCAACCUCCAAACCAAUCGCAAUAGCGAGAGAUGGCGUUGGUUGAGCGCGACCUACUUCCAAUGGUCCAUUGCGGCCUUUGUCGUCAGGAAUCUCACAAUACGUCUACCUAGCCCUGCGACGAACAGAGCUUGGCGGGUUGUCGAUGGCUUGCUUGAUCUCUGGCCGCCGGUAGUCCGCAAUUGCGCCAAAUCGAAUGCACUGAGAGCCUUGCUGAUCGAUGCAAUGCGAGCUAGAGAGACAAGGCAUCUACGGGGCUCACACCUGCCGACUUGGUCGGGUCGUGACUUAUGUUUUAUUCCACCAAGCCCCCUUCGCUACCAGGCUGUCACGGAAGACAAACGAACGGAGACCCCCAGCGGCAGUGACCAACUCAAAUGGGUAAACACGCUUCAAGAACCUGUGACGGGCUAUGCAUUGAAUCAAGCCACCGGGUUUGAUGGUCUUGACGCGUCUGACUUUGAUGUGCUUGAUGAGCUUUCCUCCGGUAUUGAUCUUGGGUUGUUAUGGUAG